GUUUUCUGUGGCAGCCCCUAAGUUGUGGAACUGCCUCCUCACAGAAGUCUGUCUGUCUGGCAUCUUAUAAAGCUUUUGGCGAAUGCUAAAGACACAUCUUUUUACUAUGGCUUCUUACCCACCUUAGUUUUGUGGUGGUAAGUUUUUUUUAAACUGUUUUUAUUUUGUGUGUGUGAGGGAGGGGGGGGGGAAACUAGCCUACCCCUGAACAAUGGCUUUUUACCCACCUUAGUUUUGUGGUGGCAAGUUGUUUUAAGCUGUUUUUAUUUUGUGGGGGGGGGGCGACUAGCCUACCCCUGAAAAAUGGCUUUUUACCCACCUUAGUUUUGUGGUGGUAAGUUGUUUUAAACUGUUUUUAUUUUGUGUGUGUGAGGGAGAGGGGGGGGGGACUAGCCUACCCCUGAACAAAGCUAAAUUUUCCUUUUGUUGCCUUCCCACUUGUGCCUCUGGCUUCUUCCACCAAAGGUUGCUCAGAAGGGAAUGUGGAUUACUUGGAAUUGGUAAUCUGUUUGUUGAUGGGCCUUAUCAUUGAAAUGACUGGAGAUAUGAAUGGUCUGAAUGGAAAUGGAUGGCUGUAGUUUUGAUAAAGUUAUUUAUGAUUCAUGGGGUGGGGAAUCAACAGACAGAGUUGAAGAAAAUUGGAUUGAAUUCAUUUCUCAUUAGAACACAAAGGUGUUGUUUUUUAAUAAAAAAAAACCCCAACUCUAACAGCAAUAGGAGUUGCUAUAUUUUGUAUUUGAUUCCAUGAUCUAUCUAUUGCAGAUUCAUACUUCAUAACCAUAGAUAGAUAGAUACUUAGGAAACAUGUAUAAACUGGAUUUGAUGCCAGUGUUUCUCUGCUUUUGCUAGCCACCUGUCUAUAGUAGUCAAGCAUAUUGGGUUGAAUCCAGACUACAUUAGUUCUGCUUAUGUUCUAAUAAGUUCAAUGGAAAUGAAACCAUACCUUGCCUGUCUAUUUCAGUGGGUACUAAAUGCAAGUUUCUGCGUAUGAAUCCGUUCCGGUGUCCCACCCUGAGUGGUAAUAACUGGUAGACUUAGAUCCCAUCUGCUCUGUACAUUUAAAGCUGCAUCAUACCACUUUGAACAGUAAUGCUUUCCCCCAAAGUAUCCUGAGAACUGUAGUUUGUUUAGGGUGCUGAGAAUUGUUAAGGAGACCACUGUUCUCCCUCACAGAGCUACAGUUCCAAUAAUGGUUUAACAGUCAAUCAUCAAAGGGAACUCUAUGCAUUGUAGCUCUGGGUGGGGAAUCAGGAUCUCCUAACAACUCCCAACACCCUUAACAAACUACACUUCCCAAGAUUAUUUGGGGGAGCAAUGACGGUUUAAAGUGGUGUGAUACAGCUUGUUACAAGUGUUAAAUGUAUAUAGUCCUGAUAGGGCUUUAUAUGAUUGUCAGCAGGCCAGUUCUAAAGUUAGAAUUCCAAAAAGGAGGUUUCCAUCCAGUUCUCCCUUCCAUCCGUAAAUAUGCAACAGUCUGAACUAUAUCAUGGUAUUUCUGUACCACUCCAAGAUGAUGAAGUUUAACUCUGUUCUUUGAAUAAUAUUUUUAUAAACACCUAAUGAAUAAAUAGAUUUUUUUAAGGGUAGAUUAUCUGAUAAUUUGGAAACACUUAUUUUCCUGAAGAUACCUAUAUCCCACCUAUUGAUUUAUAUGCAAAAUUUUCAAGGCUCCUUCCAAAAAAAAGAGAUAAAAAUGCAGAGUAAAAACCAAUGCAACAAUGAAUCACAAAUAGUGAAAGCAGAAGAAAACAAGAUAAAGCAGCAGUAGAAAGAAAUAGCAUCAAAACUUCUGAAACAGAAAUAAAAUGCCAUCCUGUUCAUUUAAGCACUAUGAUUAAAAUAAUUCUUUUAACCUGGUGCCUAAAUCUAAGUACAUUUGGCACCAGACCAAUUACUCUGAGAAUUACAAGAGAGUAAUUCUCUAUGCCACCUAGAGCCUAACAUGUUUAUUUUGGCAUAAUCUUUCAUGGAUGGAGUCUACUUCAUCAUAUGCAUGAAGCGUUAUCCUUGUUUAGUAGGAACACACAAACAUGCAUGAAAAGGGAAAAAUUGUAAACAGUGGAGUCAAAUGGCAGCACAAGUAUACUGUGGAAUUCAGGUAGUUUAGCAGAACUACGCUAUUCCAUAGAUGGGUCACCACCAAAGGACUGGGCAGAAGCCCAGUCACCACCUGCCUCAUCCUCUAAAGGUGGCUAGGUGUUUAAUAGAGCAGAUCCAUAUGAAAGCAUGAGGUUAUCCCAAUAUCUGAGCUGUUUUAAUGCUGUUGAGAUAUGCUCCAUAAUCUAGUUACUGUCUUCAAAGGCAGCCCAAAUUGUAGAAAUUUAAUACAGAUGUAACCAGAGCAUAGAUAUGGUCAGACCCUCACUGUCCAGGAAAGGGGCACUUGGUGCAACAGUAGAAGCCACAAGUGCUACCUGUGCACUCAAAAGAAGGGCUGGAUCUUAGUACCGCCUACUUGCACACCUGUUCCUUAAGAGGGAAAAGUACAAUCUCAUCCAGAACAGAGUAAACAGUCUUUUCCUGAACUGUUCCAAACAAUUUUACUGUACGUUGGCUUGCUUUCUCCGCAGGAUCAAUAUUUACUGGAUCUCUUAUCAGCAGUGAAAAUUCAGUGCCGGUACUGUAGAUAUAGGCAUUCUGUAAUGUUCAUUAUCUCUGAAAGAUACCAUAGGCACAAAGAAGGGUCAGUGUGAAUUGAAAUAUGUCAGGCCAACAUAAUAACCAGCAAAUUGCAAAGCUCUAAUGGUCCUCCUUCAAAAUAACAGUUAAAGAGUUCAUGACACAGUUUCAUGCUGCAAAUGACACAAUUCUGUCAUUCUUUGCUAUUAGACCUUUUAUUUCACAGUUAUGUGGCACUAAUUCUUCUUGAAUGUGGUGCACAGCAUUUUGCUUUAGUCUUUUUCUGUUUGAUUGGGAAUGACACACUGAAAGGAGCCAGGCCCCGUCUGGCUGCUUUAUUGCCUCUCUUGAAUUCUUUUUCUGCACAUAGACCAUCUCAAGUAUCUACAUUUAAUGUAUUUUACAAGUUUGGUCUCCAUGCUCAGCUAGCUUUCACACUUGAAAUGCCAAACAGGUUAAAAACACAAAGCCUCUUGAAUCUGACCUGUUGUCCCUUUGGGGGGCAUGUUGGAAGAAUGAAGGGUCAGUCUUAUUAUCAUUUAUUAAAUUUAUAUAUUGCUCUUCAUUCCGAAGAUCACAAGGCAGUUUACAAGUUAAAAACACAGAAUGCAUAACAUAAUGAUAAAAAAUACCCCUCCACUAAGUUUUACUCAGAGAAGACCCCUUCUCCAUAAGUAGAAUGUGAAAUGUGUUCAUCUGCUUACAACAGGCAUGGGAAACCUCAGACCCAGGGACCAAGUGCAGCCCUUGAGGCCUCUUUACCUGGCCCUUAGGGCACUCUCCAGGCCACACCCAUCAAAAACCUUGCUUCACACCCCCUUUGGCUGUUUUUGGCUGGCUGGAAUGGAACUUUGAAUUCCAACAAUGACUCUUGCUUGAUGUCAUGGACUGGCUGGAUGCAGAGGAGGAGAAGGAGGCAUCAGCUGGGGAACCUCCAAGGGAAACCUCAGGGGAAGAAGGCUAAGAGCCAGUGGAUUGGUGGUAGGACAACAAUGAGCGACCAGAGGGAGCAAACUGGGAGGAGAAGGUGUUGGAAGCUGAAGAGGAUACAGGGUUUGGUGAGCAGGAAGAGGCUGGGGCAGAGAGCCAUCCAGAAUCAGAGGCAGAAGCAGGGGUUGUUCAAGAAGCAGAGUGGAGGCGGGCUGCUGAAUUAGUCAGGGAAUCUCUCUUCCUGCUGUAACCAGCUCCCCUCCCCACCCCCAGUCUCCCAGAACACAGAGGACGGAGCAAAGAGAAACAAGACGAAGGAGCCUCAUGUUGGUGGGGAAAGACCCAGGGGAGGAGCCUUAGAGAGCAGUGGGAAGGCGAGGACCUUCAGUCCUCACAACUGCCUCAUUGGGGCAAGACCUACUGGGAGGAGUUGAUGUGAUUACUAGGCCUGUGCUGUUUGGGUUUGUUUGAAUAAAGAGUUAACUUCUCUGACAGUGUUUAACUGCUGACCUGCCCCUGACUCCCACUCCCGACCCUUGCCUGGAUGGGAAAUAGACAAGUGUGUGUGUAGAAACUAGCCUAUAGUAGGUGCAAAGGCUCCACUAUUGCCUCUGGUCCUUCCCAUCACCGGCAUGUGGCCCCCAGAAUGUUGCCCACAAAUAAAUGUGGCCCCCGGGUUGAAGAGGAUUCCCCAUCCCUGGCCUACAGGGCUGUGUAGGAUGAAGGAUGCAAGGAUUCUAAAACACUAUUGCACAUAAAUGAUUAAUGAUCAAAGUACAGUGGUGCCUCGCAAGACGAAAUUAAUCCGUUCCGCGAGUCUCUUCGUCUUGCGGUUUUUUUCAUCUUGCGAAGCACGGCUAUUAGCGGCUUAGCGGCUAUUAGCGGCUUAGCGGUUUAGCGGCUUUAAGAAAAAGGAAACAAACUCGCAAGAACUCGCAAGACGUUUCGUCUUGCGAAGCAAGCCCAUAGGGAAAUUCUUCUUGCGGAACGACUCAAAAAACGGAAAACUCUUUCGUCUAGCGAGUUUUUCGUCUUGCGAGGCAUUCGUCUUGCGGGGCACCACUGUAUACACAGUUUUGAUGGGGAAAAGGCAGCUUUUAUUAUGCUGUGAACUUUAGAUUUGGCUGAAAACCCAAAAUAAUCUUGGUCUUUUAAGGGGGAAAAUCAAUAAUCCAAAGAUAGAUCUCUGAAAAGAUGGUAACCUUGUAAAUGGUAAGGAUGUUACUUAUCUAGAAUGAAGUGUGCUGUUCCUCAUUACAGACUGACAAAAGAGCCAAAUGUGCUUAGAUGAAUGUGCCUCUUAGCUAAGUUGGUAUCAUGUCAUGGCUUAGGCUGAUGGGAGGUUUAGCAAACAAUUCUGAGGAAUGCAGCUGAGUGAAAUACUGGCAGCAGUUAGUGAUUUAGCCAGUAGUAAAUAGAAUCCAUUGUUGAAAGUACCAGUAAAAAGUCAGGUUACUGGCAGGUUACUGACUUCAUGAUAAAUCAUUAGGGGUUGAUUAAUAAUUACAGCAAAUGACACACAUGAAGACAAUCCAAAACCAACUGUUCUGCCCUGCAUUUAAAAAGCAGUUGUAGGGGACAAAAGAAACCUGGCUUAAAUGUAUGCUUUUUGAUAUUCAAGCCAUUUGUUUUAAAGUCCUAUCCCAUAAAAAUAUAUCGGGGUUUUGUGGUGUCUAUAUAUUGGACAGGCAAAGCCAGUGUCCUUCUGAGCGCAUAAUAUAUGUACAGUAUAGAAUCCACUCACCGUGAUUAGGAAUUGUAGAUGGCAUUAGUUGCGGGUGGAGUGGAGAAUAUUUGUUAUGCAAAGAAAGCUACAACAGGACUUCAGUUUCUUUCUUUAUAUUAAUGUAGGUGGGAUUCAAAUCAUAAGAUCUGUCAGUGGAAGUCCAGCACAAUCACUUCUUGCACAACAGGGUCCCCCCCCUACAAAAUUGGUUUAAAUGGAGAAAACUCCAUGGGAGGAGGAGACGGGGGAUCAGUCUGUCUGUAAGCCAAAAUGUUUGCAUUGGUGAAACUAUCAGAAGCUUGUGACAUUGAAUUCCUCUUAUGUCUGGAGGUUCUACCGUAUGUUGCUAUGGUUUCUGUUUCAAGGCACUUAGAUUUUUACAGAAUUUCAGACAAUGAACAGGUGACAUAGAAAUACGUGCCAGUGCUUCCCAUUAAGAUAAUUCAAGAAAAAACUCUGGCAAAUUGAUAUCAAUUCCAGUAUUAUUGUGUCAAGCAAUGGUCUGUCCUGGAUGAUUUAGAAAAGUGGUCCCCAACUUGAUGUCCUCCAGCUGCUUGGACUACAGCUGUGUCUGGUGGAGUCUAAUACAGCUGGAAGGCACCAGGUUGAGAUAGGUUGGUGAUUAAAAUUUGUGCAGUUGAAUGCUAGCAGAAUCAACUUUUUCUUUUUCUGUCAUUACUCCUCACUAUUGCCAGUUGUUUAUAAAAGAGAGCUGGCAUAGCACAGUGGCUGAGGAAAUCCCCAGUUUGAACCUUGAUUCCGCUAGGAACUCACUAGGCAACCUUAGGUAAACCUAAGCCACACUCUCUGUUUCAGUCCUUCCGCCUGCGGUAUGUAUAGCAGAUAAUAAUAUUGACUCCCUUACAAGGACUGCAGUGUAUGCAAAGACCUUUGAACUACAAGUAUUGUAUAGGGCUGGGCGAAUUUCAGGGUGGUGAGCCUGUUUUCUUUUCCUGUUCCCAGCCUACACUUUGUCACACACACACACACACCCCAGUGCCAUGUGGGUGCUGUCCCUUGCUUGGUGCUGGUGCCUGUAAGAUGACAGCAAAAUUAACUUGCAUUUCCCAGAUAGCAAAAUUUUAUUUAAAAGAAGCAGAUUCCUAGGAGAGUCAGACACAUGGAAAGGUUGUUCCUGAUAUGAGUAUCAUAUAUUAGUCUAGUAUAUUUUGGAGUUAUUGUUUUUUUACAAAUUAAGAACCAUGUUUGCACCUGGAGACUUGCUGAGCAAUUUCUGAUUUCCCUUUGCGUCAUUCCAUCCAUCUCCUAUCUAUCAAGAACAAAGCACAUAUCGGAAUACAUAUUUCCCCACUGCCAAGAAGUUUGGUUUAUUCCUUUUUCUUACUGCUUUUUUGCCGUAGGACAGGAGCUGCCUGGCAGCAUUCACACUUAUUUUCCAUGGAAGUGACGGGCAGCUUCACACACCAAAUCAUGUUAGCCCUCUUUCCACAGGCCGCAAAUGGCACAGCAUGAGGGGAAAUGGGCUCCCUCUGCUCUUCAACCACUUGCAGGCAGCUUUGUUUGUUUGUUUGUUCAGGUUUGUCUCUGCAACUUGGGUUUGUCACAGGGCUACAAGAAGAAACUGUGCAUCACUUCCCUGAAGUGGCAUUAAGUCGAAUGGAGGGGGAGGACUGUGCGUUCCAAAGACAGCCCUGGCCACUUCCUUCGACUUCAUUCUUGCUCUAUUCGCACAGCCCACUGCUGCGGUAUGCAGGUCUUCUGAACUGCUCAAACUCGGUAUCAAGCCAUUCUUUACCCUAUCCUUCUGGGUUUUUAAAUAUCUAUGGAAGUGAAUCAUUGCAGUAUCCAAGCAACAAGAUAAUAAAGAGAGAAAAGAGAGAACAAUAUUAGAGCCUAUUGUGACAGGUACUUUUCUCAUGGGCUCUGGAAGCCCUGGAGCAUCAACAGAAGCUCACCGUGAGGGAGACAUAACAUUUCUCCACUUCUUGACUAUGUGCAUUGUCAGGGGACUACUGCUGUAGAAGAGCUGUGGUGCUUAAUCCAAGGCUGAGGGAAAUGGUCUGGGGUUUUUGAGCAGCCCACUGUCUGGCCUGUAACUCUCCACCCCUUAUAGAAUAACAGGGUUCAUUUGAGCCAGAGUCCAAUUUCUGCUAAUGAAAUAAUACUUCUGGCGAUCUGGUUACCCACUGCCAGCUUCAGAGCAAGUCACUUCAAGAAGAUAUUUCGCUAGCUGAGGUCUCAUUGCAUUUGAUAGGAAAGGAAGAAAACAGGAUGGAAAGUAUCCCAUCCUGAGCCCCUGUCCUUCCAGCAGGGCUAGCACAAGAGUUUUUACUACCCGAGGCAAUACUGUAAUUACUCGAGUCUAAUGUACCAUCAAAUCUAAUGUGCACCUCGAAACAAAAAAAAAGGAUUUGUGGCAAAUGUACAUGUUCCAUCGAAUCUAAUGUGCACUUUAAUUUUUGCAAUGUAAUCUGUUCCAAAACGAUGUGCAUUAGAUUUGAAUAAAUACAGUAAAUAAGAUGGUUCCCUGUCUCCAUUUCACGGAGUGGCAGCUGAAUUUUGUUUCAAAACACCAGCAGCUGUUAGCAUCCUCCACCACAUCUGAGGCAGCAGGCUAGUUUAGAGGUCCCAUGACAGGCUGUGUGGUAUACCCAGCUCUAUCCUUGAUCAGAAGAGAAAUAUCCGUGGGCUCAGGAGGAACAACCAGGGAGCUGCCACUGCUGCCGUCCAGCAUCUGCCACCUAAGGUCAUUUCUUUAUUUUUUUCUAAUAGUAGAGCUGGCCUUGCCUCCAAGAUACCAAGCCACCAUCUAUUAUUGGGGCUCUUUCUUCAGACAGAGCAAGUCUUCUUUCCGAAAACCAAACUGAGUUCCAGAAUGCCUUCUGAACCCAGAAGGUCCUUGGCAUCACCUCUUUUCUUCCUCCUGCUCUUUAUGCUGUUUCUGUGGGGAGCAUCAAAAACAUUUCCUUCCUCCUGUUACUCCUGUCAUGCCUUCAGGUUGGUAGUCAGAAUUGGUAGGCAACUUUUUUGCCCCACAUCCUAAUAGUAAAUGCCAAAUUUAUCAGGUAAGGUUUGAUCUUCCACAUCAGAAAGCAUUGUCUUCUCUAAACAUCAACUUUCUGUCUGUAAAAUUAACAGCCUCAAGAAAAUUCAUUCCAGACCUUUAGAAACAGUUGGAUUCAAAGGGGGUGUUGAAUAAUCUCAUGGAUCAAACCAAAAUAUUGAAGCUAGGCUCUUCUUUGUGACUCCUUUUUCUUAUGAGAAAUAGUAACACCUGCAAGAGGCUAUUCCUUGGAUGCAGCCCCUUAUUUUGGCACAUUUCUGAGAAGAGCUUUACUACAAAUCAUCACUGGAUGGUUUGUUGUUUGCCUCUUCACAGAACAAACAGUCACAAGGCUAAGAACACUUGCAGGUAUAACACUUGCCACUCAAUGCUCUAUUUCUGGCAACUGUAGAGUGUCUUGGUACCAAUUGUACCUACCUACCUCAAGUGAUGCUAAUGGAAUAGGAGGGCAGCAAACGUCUCCAAUAAGUGAUUGAACUAAGCAGGUAGAAAAUUGUGAAUGAUGGACCAUUUUACAGGUGGAAGGAACCACUGCCUUUUUACUUAAUGUAGUUGAAAAGUAAUGUAAGUUAACUAUAUACUCUCUCCUUCCUGCUCCUUGUAUUCAUUCAUUGCAAUUCAUUCAUUCAUUAAAUCUGAUGCUGCCUGAUCAUAAGGGCAGAGCAUCACAGUGAACAAACAACCCAUAUUUGGAACCCCAGCAUGGUGUCAUGAGCAAGGCGUGUUCAAUAGUUACAGUCAGUGAUCCUGUGACAAUUCAGUGAUUGUCGGGCCUUAAACAGCACUGUGCACAGAAGCCCUAACUAUCUUCCAUAGCACUAAGAAAGACACUUUGCAAGCCAUGGGCUUCCUGCACAGCACUAUGCAAAAAUAGGUCACCUGUCAGGUGAUGGUCAGAGAGGGGGUGGGAUCUGUCUCCUCUCACUCACUUUGAUUAUUUAAAGUGCCAACACCAGGAGAAACAAACCUGUGAGCUACCUUCAGGCAGGGUUCAUGGAGGUUAAAGGGAGCAGAGAGUGCUGUGGAGAGGCAGAUAAUCAAGCAUCACAAAGAUAGUCUGAACAAUUCAGAGUGCAGAAUGCAUAAGCAGCCCCUCCCCUCUCCCUCCACCCCCUCCUCUCUUGCCAACAACACCCCAUCCACACAAGAGCACCUUGACUGCACCAGCCACGGCUUGUCAGACAAAGCAAUUGCUGACUUUAAAAAGGUGAUGAGGAAAAUGAGUGUGUAUGUGUGUCAAAGAAAUGGCUGGAAAUGCUAAGAAGGACUUUAAAUUUCAACUCUGUUGUGGGUUUACACAAAAGCUUCCAAAACUGGCUUUCCAACCUCACUGGCCACAUACUCUCCACCACUGCAGUGGAUACACUUCAACGUGAAUAUAUUUGAGUGGCCAGUGAGGUUGGAAGCAAAUUUACAAUGUCAUGUCUAAAAUGUCUGUGUGCUUUUGUCCUAUGUGAAUGAUUGAAAACACACCACAUGCAAUAUGAGUAUAAUAAAAUUAAUUGUCCUAGUUGCCAUGGAAACAUACCUUUGGUAAUUUCCUAGGCCAAAUGCUCCAACUAUCAAAGAUGCAUGCUUUAUUUAGUACAUCGCUAACAUAAGUCUCCUCUCUUUUGAUCUCUUCAUCACGGGGGAAAUAGAACCUACGGUUUGUGCAGUGAGCUGCUUUAAAUGAGAAUUUGAGGGAUAUUGCUUUCUCUGGCUUGUAAACUAACCAGUAUUCAAUCUCUAAUCUUAGAAGCUCCUACAGAGCAUGCAAACUUGCACCUUUAGCUUGUUUCCUAGGCGACCAAUGAUUGGUUUACUGGGUGACAAGACUAGCUCGAUUUGAGGAAUGUGCCCUUUGAACACAUCUCGGUAGCGAUGAUUCAUCAAAAGACACCUGACCAGCAGCAAUUCACAGAGCAAAAUUUAUUUUAUGCUAGGUGACAAUUGUCUCUGCGGUUGUUUUCAGUGUGUUCCAUACAGACCCCCUGCUCAUUUCAUGGGGAGUUGUGGUUCAAUGCCAGCCAAUUGGCCAGUGAUCGAUUUCCAUGAUCACUAGGGCGGUUUGUUUCCAUAUAUGGAGGCUAGAUUGGAUCCUGCUUGACUCUCAGCUACCCCAUGGGAUGCUUGAUAGGCCACGCUGCCCCGAUUUGCCACAUGUUAAGAUAUAGGUCACAUCCAUUCAUGCUAGCUUUCCCCCCUGCUACCACCUUUUCAGGUUCUGCAGCCACAAAAAACCCUUUCCGUUGUCUAAAUGAAUGUCAGGCACUUUACAUAAACAAGUGUGAUUUGCACAGUCUACUAUUUUAUUGAUUUUACACUUUUUAGAGGAGGUGAAAGGAGGCAUAAUACAGUGAGAAUUUUACUAGGGUACCUAGAGGAAAGAUGUGAUUAAUCCAUUUCUGAUUUCUUCCUCCUUUUCUCUGAUACUGGAGGACUUGCUCAGCAAACCCAUAUGUUUACAAGCUUGUUUAUUUAUUUACAGCAUGCAUAAGCUGUGGAAUAACACAUGUUCUCUGAGUGGUGAACAGUGAAAGCUUAAAAUGCCAGCUGUUGCUGAUUCAAAUCAUUGCGAGAAUCAAAUAUUACAGCCCCCAAAUUCUUUCAGGGGUGCGAUUCUUUUCAAAUCUUCUGGGGACUGCAGACUGGAAUCUCUCCAGUUAGAAGAAAUGGGUAGAGACUUCUGCCCAGGUCCUUGGACAGUCACUGCUAGUCAGAACAGACAGUAAAUGCAGUAAAUGUCCAACCACCUGCAUCCAUAGGCGUAGCCAGGAUUUUUGUGGGGGGAGCAGGCCUUUUGUUAAGGGGGGGCAGAACUUCAGUUUGCUGUGUAUUUUUAUUGAUUUAGGGGGCAGCUGCCCCUCCCUGCACCUACUUUGCCAAUCGCAUGCCUGCAUCCUGUCAUUCCCUUUCUUUCCUGCCUGUAAGGCAGCUUCCUGUCUUUCCCUCUACAGUGGUACCUUGGUACUUGAAUGUCUUGGCUCCCAAACAAAUCAGCUCCCAAAUGUCACAAACCCGGAAGUAAGUGUUCCAGUUUGCGAACAUUUUUCAGAAGCCAAACGUCUGAUGCGGCUUCUGCAGCUUCCAACUGAGCGCAGGAAGCUCCUGCAGCCAAUCGGAACCUGCACCUUGGUUUUCAAACUGUUUUGGGAGUCGAACAGACUCCUGGAAUGGAUUAAGUUUGAGAACCAAGGUUCUACUGUAUUUCCAAAGUGAGUUUGGAUCCUUAUGUAGCCAAAACAGUACCAUCCAUACAAAUGGUAAAGGUAGCAGCAGGCAUGGGGGCAUCCAAAUGUUUUCAGAAGUAAAUAAUUCUUUAGUGAGGGAAGUGAAGGGAAAGCCAAAACAUCCUUAUGAGGACUGAGCAUGCUCAGUGGUGGCUACAGAAUGCAGAAUGACUGUUGGUGGGGGAUGGAAAACCAAGACAGAGAGAGGGAAUGGGAUAUUCUGAAAGAGGACGCAGCUGACUAACCAGAAUAUGAAACAGGAGUACUCCAGGUUCUUCUUAAAACAUAAGAAUAACCCUCCUGAGUAAGACCAAAGGCCCAUGUUGUCCAGCAUGCUAUACCCACAGUGGCCAAACAGAUGCCUGUGGAAUUUUCUGAAAAGUGUUGCCACUGGUUUCAAACAGCUAAGAAUCCCUCCCUUUCUUACAUUCCAACCAAUGGCGCAGCUAGGUAAUUUUCAGCUCCUGGGUUUGGUGAUCUUAUGGAGGAGGAGAGAGGGCCAUGUGUGUGACCUCCAUUCUGAAGCACGCAUUAACAGUCCAACAACAUCUGGAUGAUUACAGGCUCCUCAUCUUUCACUAGAUGAAACAGUACAUUAAUGGACAACAGAGAGCCAAACAUAUUUUUUUUAAAAAAUUGCAUUAAAAAACCAAGUGCUUUUAGAACAAAGGAUGCAAAGUCUCAGCUAAUAAGCUCUAUGCUCCUGUUCCUAGUCUUUUAGUCAAGUUAAUUAAUUUAAUAAUUUCAUGAUGUUAUUACAAUUAAUGAUUUCAUAAAUCUGUUGAAAUGGUGGUUUUCUUGGAAUACACAGCCUUGGGUAAAGUCCCUCAUUUUACAGCCAUGCUGAUUAGGAAGAACCCAAUCUGCUUUUAUCUUCUCUUCCAUUCCUGUUCCUAUUUUUAGACACAUUGGCUUCAUGCAAGAAAGUGAUUGCAUCUGUCUUUCUCAUCAUAACCAAAUGCUUUUGUUGACAUUAGCAAUCAAAUGGCGUUUGCAGAGCAGAGACUCAGACUAUUGUCACUAUGACUCUGACCCGUUGAAUGGAUUUGCUGGAUCAGCACACAACCUUUGUUUUCAGUAUGUUUGCGGCUUUUAAUUCACCAUUCCUACUGAAGGGCUUGAAUGAUGCGUAGGUGUUGAAUAUUUGUAGAAACUCAUGAGGAUUUAUGAAAAUAACAAGUGGCCCUUCAGAACAGUGUAUAUUUAAAAGAAGUAUUAUUUAGCAAUUCAGCAUGUGAGAUAUUGGCAUAAAACAAGAGAAAUGAAACUGGCUUGCUAUUAGCUUGUGCAAAAAUAAUCUAGUGUAAGAGCCAUGGUUGUGUUGGAUCUUGGCUAGAGACACAUAGGUUCAAAUUGCUAUUAUUAUCUCUAUCUUUCAUUAUUACCUAUCUUGUUGUAUGCAUGGUAUUGGGUGAAGUGAGAGAAACCUAUGUAAACUCCUGUGAAGGGUGGUAAUAUGACAUAUGGGAUCAUUAAUAAUUGUAAGACUCAGGGCUUUUUUUCUAGAAAAAGAGGUGGUGGAACUUGCUGAGCACUCACCCCGAUUUGAGCUAUGUAAUACCUAUAUGAAACUGCUGUAAGAAGCAGUCAUGAUAAGUUUUUGGGCAAGGAUGCUGAUGACACUCAGCUCUAUUUCUCCAUAACAUCUGGAUCAGGAAAGGCUAUGUAGCGCCCAAGACGGCUGCUUAGAUACGGUAGUGGAAUGAAUAAGCUGAAUCUUGGCAAAAAGAAAGCACUUUGGGUGAGUGGUCCCUUUGUCUGACAAAUUAGUCAAUUGCCUGCCCUGGACAGGUUGCAAUCCCCAUGAAAGAGCAGGUGUGCUGUCUGAGGAUGCUUCUGGAUCCAGCUUCUUGUCCAGGAGCCUCAGUGACUAGAAGCACCUUUUACCAACUAUGCUUGGUACAACAGCAAUAACCAUUCCUGAACCAAGAGAGCUUGACCACAGUAGUCUUUUUUAUUGCGUGGCGAGGCCCCAGGCCCCACAGUUCCCUCAGAAAUAAAGACACAGACACAAAUAUGUUGGGUUAAUGGGAUAAAUUAGGCCACAAUUUUAUUGGUUACAGAUGUGAGUGGUUUGGCUUAGGCAAGUGGGUAAAGCAAGACUAUAUCCUGACUCCUGCCCGUCUGCAGGAGUCCUGUAAGAGUCAACCACCGAUAGGGGGAACCCUAUGAUGCACAUCAAUUGAGGGUCACCGAUGGGGUAGCCCACACCCAGGCUUCGGACAGGAACAACACCCCCGGAUCCCUUUAACAGAAUACCCUUUACGUGGAGGGGCAGGCCAGAGGCAACAACCGCCCCAUGACAAGGCUUAUCCAAUGCCUAACCGCCACCUGAGCCAAAAGGCUCGCCGCCAACACCCUCACACCUGCAACCAACCCCUAAUGCCUUUGACAAUAUUGGCCAGCCAAAUAUCAUUGGAAAGGUGAACACCAUCACUGUGCAACAAGGCCUCCUGGUCAAAUGUAAUGGCAGGGUGCCAAAUCACCUAGCCCCACAAUAGUUGCACCUUCUGUGCCAUGGCACAAUCUGCAAUUUUCUAGGCCCUGUUGAUUGCUGCCUGGUGUGGCAACCACACCAACCAUGCCUCACCAAGAGUUGGGACCAUAUUAUCGUCAAUUCCAGGUGUAAGGCGACCAAAUUAUCAAAGUCCUCUUUGAUGUUCCAGGUCAGGUCAAUGCCCUUCCUUAGGACCAAAUCAUUCAUUCCAAGUUGAAUAAUCAAAGCAUCGGGAGGCCCAUGCAGGGCAGCUCUGGCCGUCACGGUUGGCAAAAACUCCUCACACCUCAUGCCAGGUCUUGUGACCCAAGAAAUUAUGACAAUUUUAGGCAGCCUCAGGCAGCUACCCAUGCUGAUAUUGAUGGGAUGCACCCGGGCCCAGUGGGCAAUACUGUGUCCCACCAUACAAAUGUUAGUCACGGGGUAACCUGAAAUAAGAGAAGUGACAAGGCAUAAUUAAUGAGGGUUCUUGCGGAUGUACCUUCUGUACGCCUCUGAUCUCCAGCAUCCCAUAUCCUUGAUUCUGUUUGUUGGAAAACUCCAAUCUAUUGACAUCAGGCAGCUGCCUUCACUGUACUCUUUUCGUUGCCUGCUUAAAACAAUAUUGUGUAGGCAAAUCUAUCCAAAAAUGUAGCUGUUGAUGUGUUUUAAUUUAUUUUCAGUUUGCUGCUUAUUUGAAUUUUCUUUUCAAAGUUUUGACUACUUGUUUUUAACUGUUUUUACUGAUAUUUUUAAUUUCUUGUAAAUCCUUCGGAGAUUGUGUUACAAUCAAGCGUCAUAAUCACAGUUACAGUGGUUUUACCAUCAAUCCCUCUCUCCAGAGAACUCUUGAGAUUUGUAUCUCUUUGACUGGUAUAAGUGUCAAAUACAAGCUUUUUUUAAAGGGAUGAUGGCAUCAGCCCCGGUGGGUCCCAGCAUUUGCUUCACCAAGAUGAUGCUGGGCCUGCCCAACCCUCUUGGGCUGCCUAAUAUACUGGGCCAUCUCAAUUCAAGAAGGUCAAAGACUAACCGGUCCGAGGAAGUCACCUUUGCAGGAGUCUAUGAAUCACUAGCAAGAAAUGAAAAGAGCUCCGUUUGCCUGCUGUAUUGACUGCAACCACACUAUAAUAAUUAAUUAAUUACUGAGUAAAACACAUUUGCUCUGGUUUCUGUAAAUUGGCGCUAUAUUCUGGAAAGGCUUAUAUAUUAGUCAUUUCUUUAUGUGUUUCCCUUUCAUUGUCUCCCUGGGGGUUUUUCACUAUGAGGCUGAUGGCUUAGCCACAAUUUGACAGAUCUCCCUGAAAUUUCCACUGGUGAUUCAAUCUCUAAUUCUUAUUUUAAAGGUCUGCACUGUACCAUACUUGUCAAGAGCCACUAGGUAUUCGCUUCUGAAGCUGUUGUGUCCUAUAACCCUUUGGAAAGCACAAAGAAUGAUUGUUGGAAGGUGGCACAGCUUGAGAAAUCAAAGGCAUUGCUAGAGCAAUUGUGCUCAGAAUACCAUUUCAAUAGUCUCAGGGCAUGUUUCUUCCCUAUGGGGUAUAGGUUGGGAUCCAAUCAGUCCUCUGUGCAUGUGGAAGGUCAGGAGAUCUCUGGAGUGGCAUGAGGAGUAGGAAACCUGGUGCCAUCACCCCAUGCAUGCACAAGCUUCUUUGGGAACUAAGCCAUAAUCUUUUUCUAUUUCAUUUUCCAUUCAAGCAUAUUCACUCUUCAAAACGGAAAGCAGACAAAACGGAAUGCGCGCUAUUUAGAGCAGCUCUCCAAAUGGAGAGAACAAAAAGGAACAAAACCAAUGCAGGCAGAUAAUUAAAGGUGGGGGUAGAGAAUCUGAGCAGCACAUUGCUGAAAACACCAAGACCCAACAACAACAAAUUCUUCAAAUAUAUAUAAGUAGCAGGAUACUAGUUAAAGAACUGCUUGAACCUUUGGAUGACAAGAGAGGAAAGAAAGGAAAAGGAGAUUGCAGAGAAGCUAAAUGAAUUAUGAAGACCUGGGAGAGAUGACUGAACUUUCUCAGGAAGGGAACCUGAGUAAAUGAGGCAAAUGGCAGUGACAAGAGAUGCAGUUUGUUUGCUUGCAACUUUAACAAAGAAAGAGUUGACUUGGAUUAAUUUAAAAGAAUAUUAGACAAAUUCAUGGAGGAUAAAACUAUAAAUGAGUACCAGCCACGAUGCCUAUGUUCUGCCUCUACUGUUAAAUGCAGAAUGCCUCUACCAGCUGCCUGGAAUCCAGAAGUGGGAGCACUGCUGUUGCACUCGGGUUCUGUUUCAGGCUUCCCAGAGGCAUUUUAGCUUCCAUAGGCUUCCCACAGGUUGGCUAGCCACCGUGAGAAUAGGAUCCUGACCUAGAUGGGCCUUUGGCCUGAUUCACCAAUGCUCUUAUUAUGGUGUCCUCCAGAUGUUUCUUGUUUCAACUCCCAACAGUCCCAGCAGCAUGGACAAUGGUCAAGUCUGAUGAGAGUUGUAGCCCAAAAUGUCUAGAGGGCACAAGGUUGGGAAAGGCUUAUUUAGAAUGAAUGAUUCUGAGCCAUUCCACACAUGACAUGGCACUCAACUAAAGUUUGUCAGUGACAGGAAACUGCAGUCAAUGACUGGCUUUAUUUUGUCGCUUUUACACACUACACUCUAGGUGUACACUUAGAUAUGCACCUAAAAUAAUAAUGAUAAUGAUAAUAAUAAUAAUAAUAAUAAUAAUAAUAGAUAGUCUAUAAAUAUACAGCAAAUGGGGAUGCAAAUCAUAGCAUUUGUCAUUGUCUAGUAUGACCCGGAAGCUGUACACCAGCUCCCUCGGCCAAUAAAGCGAGGUGAGCGCCACAACCCCAGAGUCGACUGGACCUAAUGGUCAGGGGUCACUUUACUUUUACCUUUAGUAUUUUUGGCAGUGAGUUUUUAGGAUGGAGAUUUGUAUGCUGUAAUUGUCCUGCUGACGAGUUAUGCCUGUUUUUCCUUCAUUUGACCUUUUAAAGUAAGGGUAACUAACCUCUGUUCCUCCUGGUAACAUCACCCCUGGUUUUUGGUCAUGCUAGCUGAUGAUGACGGGCAACAGAGUCUAAUAAUAGCUGGAAGGACAUGGCAUGGGUUAACUGCUCCUGAGUUACAGCAUCCUUCUCCCCUACUUAUUAUAAUGACACCCCCAAAAAUGUGUAAGAUCAGCCUAUUAAGCACUAUGUGAGAACUUUUCUGACACUGCCAAACCUAAUUAUUUUUCACUUAGUUGUCUAAACAAAUUAAAUUAGCAAGGGCACAGCCAGAAUGUCAAAAUUGCUUUUAAUGAAUAAGCCAGCUGCUCAGUUGUACAUAACUCUUGUCUCAGUACCUCUCUGUCACACAAAUUUGAAUUUUCCCCUUUGCUGCCUCCAUAAUGUUUUUAACAAUUAUAUAUUGUAAAUUACCUAAGGACUGCCCCAUGUUAGGCAAUUAAUACAUGAUGCACAGAACCGAGGUUCUGUAAAGGAGGGGUGGAAAACAUUGACCCUCAAGAUGUUGCUGGACUAUAGCUCUUUAUUGGGAUUCGCAGGAUGAUGUGUAAGUCUGCAGGCUUCAACAGGCUGAUGCAAUACUCUGUGAAGUGCUGGGUCAGAGUGACUCAGCAGGAAUGUGAUUGGCUAUCACCUGUUUUAAAAGGAAAGCCUGUUCAACAGUAAUGGUGGUUGUGGUGUGGUGUGGUGUGGUGGUGCUGUGGUGGAGAGUAUUCGUUUGCCCUAAGGUUCAGGUACUCUGUAUGAACUGCUUUUGUAAAUACUUGUAUAUAGCUCACAUUAAAAAGACUGCAACACUCUCACCAUGCUUGACCAUUGGCCAUACUGGAGAGUUCUCACCAUUGCUAUGCAGCAAUCUGAAUAUUAAUGCUUCUUCUUCAAGCAUCUUGAAUGUGCACAUUUCUUGUUUGCCUUGUUUCACUUCCAGAAGUAUCACUCCUGGCUGCUUUCCAGGUCUGUGGCUAACUGACCUACAAAAGUAUUAUGAGAAUCUGCCAGGUAGUGAUAAGCUGACCUACUGGAGUAAGGGCUGGCGAAGGGCUAUAAAAAGAACAUAAGAGCUAUGCUGGAUCACACCAAUGGCCCAUCUGGGUCAGCAUCCAAUUUCUGUCAGCCAAAUGCCACUGCAAAACUAGAAAGCAACAAAACUCCCACUUCCUCCACAACUACUGGUAUUUAGAGGUAUACCGUAUAAAAACUUGGAGGAUUCAUUAGCUAUCAUGGAUAAUGCCUGUGCAUUCACCUAGUCUGGUGGAGGCUGUGACUGAGGGGGGGCCAUGGCUGCUGUUAUAAAAUGUAGAAUGGGGAAGGUAGAAGACUUCCUUUGAUCUCAUGCACCAUCAAGUUCCAAGAGAAGCAAUGACUCCCGGCUUUGGAAAAGGCAGUGACAACUAGAGCAAACCUCUGCUGCAGCCUCAUCCCUAUUACCGUCAAACAGCACAAGUUCUAAAAAUUUGCAGUUCCCUGUCACAAAUGGUGAGGUCCCUUUCCAGUGCAAACCAAACAAAGCAAUUGGUCUACUGCAGGCAUUGUUCUCUUCUUGCCACCAUCCACUUAGUCGUCACCUAGUUCAAGGACCUUAUGGGAGUUCUGCUGACUUGCUGCUUAUUUAUUUGGGAGUCGGAAGACUGAUAGCCAAACUCCCAGGCACCUAAUUGGAAGUUUCAGCCAGUCACCCCUCCUGAUCCCAUGUGUGUGAAUCUAAUAAUGUAGCCUGAACAGUAUAAGCAGAGAUCAAAGAGAACGAGCAGGGUUACACACUCAUCUCUCUCCUGAUAAAAUGUCAUCAACAAGGGCAACCAAGGCAGUUUCAGUGCCAUGGCCAAGCCUGAAGCCAGACCGGAAUGGGAACACCUGUACUAGGUGAGCAGCAGCAAGCAGUUAUAGUUUUCUGUUGUCACCUUGGUAACAAAUUAGAAGAGGAUGGUUGUGAAUAGUUUAUAAUGUUUCUGAGCAAGCAUGUAUAUUAACGGUGUUGUGGCCCAUCAUUCAUUUACUGUGUCUCCUACUUUCCUUCCGUGAAUAGGGGUGAGGUGGGGAUGGAAAGGCAAUUGUAGAUGUGGAAUGGAUCUGGCUACCAUAGUCUGAACCACUGAGCCUCUUGGGCUUGCCGAUCAGCGGUUCAAAUUUGCACGGUGGGGUGAACUCCCGUUCCCUGUUCCAGCUUCUGCCAACCUAGCAGUUCCAAAGCAUACCAGUGCAAGUAGAUAAAUAGGUACCGCUGCAGCGGGAAGGUAAAAGGUGUUUCUGUGCGCUCCAACAUUUGUCAUAGUGUCCUGUUGUGCCAGAAGCAGUUUAGUCAUGUUGACCCAAAAAGCUGUCUUUGGACAAACGCCAGCUCCCUCGGCCUGAAAACGAGAUGAGCACCGCACCCCAUAGUUGCCUUUGACUGGGCUUAAUCAUCCAGGGGUCCUUUACUGUUUACCUACUUGUAAUCUCAAGUUGGUUUUGAUUUUGGUUGCUGUUUAAAUGGCUGUUUUGUACUCAUUUACGAUAUAAUUUUAAAAGGAAUGAAGCCCUCAACCUUCCACUUUUAGGCAGGAUUGCUCAUACACUAUCCACACCCCCAUCCUACUUAGCCUACAUUGCCCUUCUUGCAAUAUUACCGCCAUGGGAGAGCAGAAGCAUAAAAGAAUCUUCAUGCUUUCUGCAGUGGCUACUAGAAAGUAGGUAGCUGCAAGAUGACUCAGCAGCAGCGAGUGAGUCAAACUCACUACUGAGCUUUAAGAAAGGAAUGGAUGUGGGCAAGAAGACAGGAUUACUAAUAAAUCUGACCAGAAUUGCAUUCCAGGUCAGCCCCAACAGCUGCAAUCAUGUAGCUCUUGACAGUGAAGCAAAAAGCUUCUGUCUGUUUUGUCUUGUAGCAAGUUCAUGCUAAUGAUUUGUGUUGCGGAGUUAAGACUGGCAGUCUCUACUAACCUCAAGAUCUGGAGCAAGGGAAAAAUUCUGAACUCAGACAUAAUAUUUGGAAACUUGCGUGUAGUUCUCCGCAGUCUUCUGUGCACAGUCAAAUUUAAUUACAACGUGCUGGUACGCAUGUGAUGUGAACCCUGGCCUGUGCUUUAGCAUAUCUGCUGAAUGUGUUGUCAUGGACACCCUGCUUGAUUCAGUUCGCAGUUCAGUGGCCUUGUCUUUGUGUGGCCUUGUAAAGGAACGGUACAUUUCGCUGCUGAACAGCAUGAGGACAGUAAGCGUACCUUUGCUGGGCAAAUUGUUUAUAGAAUUCACUCCCAACAACUCAUUUAAUGAAAUGGCUCUCGUUCUGAGACAUAAAAUGUAAGGUCCAUGUUUCAGUUUACUUGCAUUAAAGUGUAAACAUCAUUCCUAAGGUGCCUUUGCAUUAUAGAGAUGAAAGACAUUUGGUGUGUUUUUGGUGAUGCUCAACCUUAGACACAGUUUGACCAUGGUAUCUAGAUAAAACAUCAGAGUUCAAAAUACCCUGAAGUGCACCAGCAAAAUGUACCAACUGUGUGGAUGUAACUCUAUGCAGAGAUACACACACACACACACACACACACACACAGAGGAUCUGCCUAAAAAUGAGAAUAGAAUAUUGAGGGAAAGCACCCAUCUUAUUGCUUACAUUGGCUUCAAAAAAGGCAACCUCAAAAAGCUGCUUCAUGCUUUAUAUAGCGGCUAUGUUUGCUACAGACACACUGCUGUUACACAGCUAAGUGUGAAGGGAUGGUGUGCAUUCCUAACACAGAGAGGGGUGCACUAGAGUGUUGAUUGGCUGCAAAUCCAUAUGUCAUUUAUGUGCCUUUCACACUUUACCUCUUUACUUUAAUAAACACUCCACUGCAGCCAUGGCAAAUGUUAUAGUACAAUACCCAUCAGGUGCAGAUGUAUGGAAGCUGCAGUGAGUGGCUACUGAUGAGAGGGCCUUCUCAGGUGAGUGGCACCCCAGGUAUGAAAUGUCCUCCCCAUAUAUGUCUGCCUGGUGCCUACAAUGUGGGAAAAUGAGAAAUUGGUAGAAAUGAACUUGACAGAUCUUUCCAUCCCAACUCUGAAUCUUUGUUGUUGCUGUGAACUUUGUCUUAGAAUUGCUAUCUUCUCUUACUAUAAUAGAUUUUAUGGUUUUAUUUUUGUAUACAACUCUUUUUUAAGUUCACUGUAAACCACCUUAGUUACUGGGCAGCAUAUUAAUACUGCAAAUAAGUAAAUAAAUGUUCCAUAAUGGAACACCACAUGGGUGGGGGCUGAGUGGGACUAAUGAAGCCACAUAGGUCUUUACUAUGUGGUCAGCAUGAGCUGAAGCUUUGCAUGAAGGGCAGCUGUAAAGAUCUUAUAAGUUAUUGUAGCAACCAGAGCCGUCUUUCCUAUAGGGCUUAGUGGUAUGUUGCGCCAGGGCACCGGCUUCUCAUGGGCGCCCCAGUGAGUGGGGGAGCUGCGCUUCUUCCCCAUUCCCUGCAUGCCUGCCAACUGCUCCCCACCAACCAUAUGGCUGGCGGGAGUGCAGCUUCCCUCCCAAGCCUCUGCAGGGAUCACUUUCCUCCCAAGGUGGCCUGGGAGGGAAGCUGCAUACCUGCUUCUGUGCCUGGCUGGAUCUCCCCACGCUCCGUGUGUGUGUGUGUGUGUGUGUGUGUGUGUGUGUGUGUGUGUGUAUAUACAUAUACACAUACACACACACACACACCCUUCACCUGCCCACACAGGAGCAUGUUCAGAUGACAAGCAAUGCCAUUUAAAGGCUGUGAGACCGCUUCCCUUCCACCUGACGACAACAUAUACACAUGCUCCCACUGCCCCUCUCCCUUGCCGUGGGGUGAUUGCUCUUCCAAGGAAUGGCAGAAAGCCCCACAAGCACUCACUGCAGAAACAGCCGGGGGAAGGAGUGAGGGAACCCGGAAGGCGAGACAGGGGUGGGGGAGAAGGAUGAGGGACACGCCAAAACAUGUUGCCCCCACCUGUUGGGGGAGGGGGGGUUCCUGGAGAAGAGGUGGCCCCUUUCUCACAGUGGGAGGCAGUGAAGGCAGCCAGGAAAGCAGACCGGAAUAGGUGCGAUGGGAUCUCCCGACUUUUUUAAAAAACAACAACUUUGAAGCAGCUGCAGGGGAAGCAUAGAAUCAUAGAUGUCUGACUUCGAUCAUAGAAUUGUAGAGUUGGAAGGGGUCCAAAGGGUUAUCUAGUCCAACCCACUACAAUGCUAGGGGAUUCUAUUAGCAACGUUUACGGGAGGAUUUUUUUUUUUAAGCGUGUGAGUGUGGAUUUAAAUCCCACUCCCCCCACAUGGUCCUUCCUCUUUGCAGCCCCAGGCACCUGUUUCCUGUUAUCUUUUCCUGAGCAGAAAUAAGCAUGGCGUCUUUCCUAAAAAAGAUCAACAACUUUGGGCAACCUGGGGGGGGGGGAGCACCAGAGGCAGAUCUUUGUACCCAGGCGUUGCAUAUGCUUAAGACGGCCCUGGUAGCAACAGCACUUUUUUGUGGGAUCCAGUGAUCAUAUAAGUUCUGCUCACAGAAUGCUCUUGCUGAUGGAACAGGAGACCAUUUUAGUUGGUUCCCCCUGAUGAUGCUUUUAAGAACGUGGUGUACAGUACCACAAGAUGCUGUAGGGAAAAGGGGGGAAUGAGUGAAACCUGUCUCCCACUCUUCCAACGGUGGGAACCUACUGUACAUUGGAUCAAAGUCCCUUUGAUGAAUGGAAGGUACACCUUCAUUAGCAGAAAGGCAACACUGGAUAUAAACCAAUGACAACUUUAACAAAGUCGCUUUUAAGCUGAUGAAAUUGCUUCAGUAUUCAUAUUUUUCUUUUUUAAAACUUUUUGUAUGUAUUUUAUGAUGCUGGUGUUUCUUGACAAGCAUGCUAAUGAGAAUAGAGAUGGGCAGAGUGUUUCUUUAAGACAGAUCCUCUCAAUGGCAUUGCCAAUUCAAAAUACAGAGCCUUGUUCAAGUUUAAUGCAGAACCUCAUAACAAAGCACCAAUUAUCAAACAAUUUCACGGCUUGGUAUUUUUUUAAAAAAACACACUAGAAUGCUAAAUUCUUCAGUGCAGAUCAAUACAGUGGAGGAAAGAAGCAUUAUUUUGUGAUUAGGAAGGAAAGCACCAAUUAAGCAGGGUGAUUAAUAAAUUUAAUAACUGCAGGCUUGAAGUUUUUAAAAAAUGUUUUAAUUGAAUGUCAGAAAAAAUGACAUUAAAAAAUGCCCUCCCUGUAAUAAAAUACUAUAUUUAAGUUGGAUAGGCUGUUGAAAAGUUAACAUAAAAAUCUUUAACACAGUUCUUAUCACUAUUUGUACUUUCCAUCUCCCUUAUGGAGUUCCCUCUAGUUUGCCCAGAGGUAAGCAUUUUGAAACCCCACUGAUUUCGAUCUAACACCUGUUGAUCUUAUCCCUUGCCCAAGUCCUGCUUUCUGUCUCUGUUGGCAUUGUUUUCUUCUUUGACCACAUCAUCAACCUCUAACUCAGUUCCCACCUCCUCUCUUACUGCAUUACACUCAAACUCACCACUGUUUGCCACUAUCAGCAAACCCUCCCCUUGUCCUUUCUAACACUUGGUCUCUUUUAACCCUCUAACCACCAUUCAGCCUCCUGUUUACCAUUUGCUCCAAACUAUUGAAACACAUUCCUUACUUGCCAAGUACAAAGUUUUCUACUCUGCCUCAUCCUCUUGAGAAUUUCUUCUAAGUUUCUAUGGGAAAGUUAAAUUAUGAAAAGUUUUCACUACAGUUUUCAGUUACUUCUUCAAGAUCUUUAGGCAUGCAGAUAUGUACCGUAAUUAUUUUGGAAUCUCGGCACACACUUUUGUUUUAUUUUAUUUUUAAAAGCUUUAUUAAAUCAAUUUCACUGUGUGUAUAUAGUCUACAGAAACAUAAAAGUUUAUGAAGCCAAGCAUAAUGGAAAAUCUGCAGAAUCUAGUCCCCUUUAUGCAUUAUACUUGUGAAGGAGUUUGAUAUAAUUAGUAGGAAACAGGAUUAUAACCCUCCACCCUCAGGGUCAUGUGCCACUCUUACCCUGCUGCCAUAUCUCUACACGGAGCACAGAUAUUUGAAGACGGGAAGGCUUUGGGGGAGAAUUUUAUAACUACAAUGAGAAGUAGAUGAGUGACACUUGGACCCUGGUAAUUCCUCAGGGUUUGCAUUGAAAGUGAGAGUGAUGCUUCCUGAAUUUGCUUUGUUUGUCUUCAAUAGCAUCAGCACAUUAAAUCUGAUUGGCUACAUUGUGACAUCAUUCCAUUCUGACAUCAUCAAUUAAUCCCUAAUUGUGACAGCCUCUCAUAAUCCCUAAUUGGUUAGGACAAUCUAUUUGACAGAUGGAAGAAGCAUUCUCCUCAUCUUCCAUGGACUUUGCUUGACCUCAGUGACACUGCAAUGUAGCCAGCUCUAGCUCGUUGACUGGGAUAGCUCAUGUAAUUAAAGCAGAAAGAACAGGAUGCAGUCAUUUAAAUACAAAAAAAGAGCAUUGUUACCAAAAGAGCAGCAGAGACAAUGGCAGAAAAUAGGCUUCAAAAAAGUGAUAUGACGGCAUAAUUAUUAUGCAAUUAUAUAUUGCUUCUAUACUAACGUUCUUCUUAAGUAGUUGUUUCAAUGGGGGUGUUAGGCAUUUUCAAGGUCUCAUUUUUUAGAAUGAAAGGCAGUAUAUGAAUAUAUAAAUAUAUAAAUAGGUCUGGAAAAAAUAUUACUUCAUCCCUGAAAGCACUAUUUUCUCUGUCACUGCUAUAAUGUUUGUUAACUGUGCUCUGAAAAUUGCAAAGAGUGCAAGUGUAAACCCUUUUAACUACAAUGAUAAACUCUAUUUGAUGAUUUAUCAGGAGAAUUGUUAGACUGGCUUCUAGGCCUGUUAGCAUUAUGGAAGUAGGUCAUUAAUCAAAGCUCAAAGAAUUCCUAGUACUUCUUACGAUAGAAAAUAUGACAGAGAUUUAAAAGAUUAUUAUUUAUAAUUUAUUUUUAAAAUCCAUAGACCACUUCAUGGCAUUAAGCCUCUGAAGCAGUGUACAGAGUAAACACAGAAUAAAACUCAGAAACACAAAAAAAGAAAAUAAAGAAAAAAGAAACACAAGUUCUAAGAACAAUGCAAUCAAACUGAUAAACUCUAAAACAAUAAAACCAUCCAUACAAACAAAAGCACAUCAUCAAAGAUAAAACUGAUCUUCUAUAAAUGACUGGGUUACACUUAGGGAAAGCCUUCCUAAACAAAAGCUUCUUUAGUAGGCAACUAAGCAUCAUCAUAUUUGAUUUUGGCUUGUAAUUGAUUACAGAUAGUAGAUGCUGCAACAGCAAUAGUCCCAGGUUCUAGAAUAGGCUAAGUGCACCUCUGGGGCAUAUGGUACUCUCAAUAUAGGCUGCAAAUCUACACACACUUACCUUGCAGGAGGUCCUGUUGAACUCAGCGGGGCUUAUUCUGAGUAGAGAUAUCUAAGAUAGCACCACAAGUCUUUCAGAUUUGUUCAGCUGAAUAUAUAUUUGACUAUAUUUGACUUAAAUCCUGUGUAUAUUUAAGAUGCAAAUGGAACAGAGAUGAAAGGAAGAGAGGUGGUGACCCCACCCCCACCCCAAAAACCAUUUCACGAUACAUUAGAACAUGAUAUUCAAACUUCAGGAUGCAAAUGCUGUAGUCCUGACUGAUCUACUCUUAGCUUUCUUGGGUUACUGCACCUUUUAAAGAAAAGCCAUAGAAACUCUGGAAAAGAUUCAGGGAAGUGUGACAGACUGAAAAGUCUUUAAUACAAGAAGUGUUUUGAAAGCCUGAAAAAGAGCUGUGUCUUUUAUAGGGACAAGGAGGUACAUUCUAACACCUGUAAGAUGCUAUUAUAAAGAUGACGCUAAUUUGUUUUCUGUUAACAGAGGAAAGAACAAGGAGUAACAGUUUUAAAUGGAGGCGACUCAGGAAGGAACUACAUGUUACAGGUCAUACAAGGCUGUCACUGGAAACAGAAACCUCCAGUUGAUUUCUUUCCUAAUGCAAAGCAACACUUACUCAUGUGACAUCACAGUAUUGAAUGUGCUACCACCCACAGCCCAACACUGACUGCAGCUGAAAAGAAUGGAGAAAUGCAAAAGUUGACAUCACAACCCAGGUAAAUGUCUUGCUACUUGUUAAUAUAGGGGAAAAGGAUAAUCCAGCACAAGGGUGCAAUUUUUGGAGGCAUCCUCAUGUCAUAACGUAUAAUUUUGCCCGGAUUUCAAACGUUGCACUCGGCUACGGAAACGUCAGCAUGAAAUAUCUAUCAUCUAUCUAUCUAUCUAUCUAUCUAUCUAUCUAUCUAUCAUCUACCUAUCUACCUACUUACCUACCUAUCUAUUAAAUUUCUAUCCCACCCUUCCUUCCAAAGGAGCCCAGGGCAGCAAAAAAAGUGAUAAAACAGUAAAAACAUAUUUAAAAGGCUUGGGGGGGGGGGGAGAAAGGUAUUUAGUAGGUGCCAAAAAGACAAAAGAGAGCAGCAGUCUAAUAUACAACAGCAGGGAAUUCCGAAUGGUAGGUGCCACAGCACUACAGGCCCAAUUCCUACAUUGUGCAUUUCUUACCUCCUGAUAAGAUGGUAUUUGCAGGAGACCCUAAUUAUUUUUCAGGAAUAUAUCCUCUGGAGUUCUCUUGUACACACACCUUGAUAAGAGGCAUGAAUAAUUUGCAUUGGGUAUUCAUUCCAAAACGGAGGUAGGAAUUCAAUGUUGUGCUGUGGCAGUCAUCCCAUCUGUGCAAGCUUUUCAGCUUGCAGGACAGAAUGAUCCUCAACAUGCAUCCUCCACUCCCAAGCCAAUUUCAGGGGGUGCAUGGGGAGAGGAGAGGAGAGGUGUGGAAAGCCUUGAUGUCUUAGUGGAAGUCCUUGUUCCAGCUUCCACUAGCAGGAAUAGUUAGCUGAAUAAGAUAUAAAGUGGGAUAAAAGAUAAAAAUGUCAGUUGAUUGUGGACCGAUUCUUUAUGCCAUAUAACGUAUAACAUCCGUCAGUUAUUUCAGUCACAACCAUUAGAUUCUUACCAAACAUUGUGAAGAUGUUAAUAAUGUAAUAUUACUAAUGACAGCUGGAGUUGGGAUCUCUUCUGCCUUUGAAGAAUGAAGGUUGUUUCAUAAGUUUCUCAUGGGGAAUCAUCAAGAAGUGCAAAGAUUUUCACUUUAAUUGCUGUUAUCUAAUUAUCCUCUUCCAAACGGGAGAUAAUCAAAGCUGGAAUGUGUCUUUAAGGCAUUGAUUUCGUAGCUACGUGUGGUUUUAAAUCUUGAUCACAUGUAGUAGCAGCAGCUGCAUUAUUCCAGUUAGUUUUGAACGUCAUACUAUCUGAGUACAGCAUAGUGAAUGAUGUUGAAGAAAUGGUGUUUUCAAAUAAAGAAUAUCAGGAGGACACCAAACUUGAAGACAGGAAGAGAGGAAACACCCCCCCCCCCCCGGUGCAGUGUGCUUUGAAUUUUUUUUUUUUCAGGAGCAUGCUUAGGAUGAACUUGAGACUUCAGCCUCUGUGCAUAUUUCCCCCAAAAAACUGUGUCAAACUGAUCAUGCAUCUGAAGAAGAUAUUCGAAAUACACUGAGCCCAAUAAAUAUAUAUUUGCAAACCUGAAGGAUUUAUUGCCCCUUUUAUUUUACAAUGAAACGGGUAAUGAAAGCAUUCCCUAAUAGUACAAUUCUGUACACCAGGACUAAGUCCCAUUGAGUUCCAUGGGGUUUACUGCUAGGUAAGUGUGUAUAGGACUGCAGCCUAUGACUCUUGUAUCAAGGGUUUCCAAAGAUUUAAUAGAUGUUUUACUGUAUAGUUCCUCACUCUUCUCAGUAAUAGGGAAUCCCAAAGGCCUUCUACGGGGUCAGUUUCUUUGUGAGGAGAAAGCACUUGUGUGUGUCUUAUGAUGUUCUAUAUCUUUACAAAUGUACAGUGUGUGUGUGGGAUUAAUCAAGCAUACAGCAAUACCUGUGUGAAACUAUAAAGAGUGCAAGUUUCCCUCAGAGAAAAGAGCAUUAGAGCCCCCAUAAAGGCUCCUUCUUUUUAGUCUUCUGCAAAAACCUACAGUUCUAUCCCACUUCACGGGCUACAGGGAAAUUUGUUUUUCUGUGAGUCUCACCCUGGGUGAAUGAGAUACUAUCAAUAGUACUAGCCAUGACUGGCCAUUAUGGCCUAUUUAAGAAACCUGUUGUAGCAAUCAACAACCACUGCAACAUAAAAUUGAUUCUUGUGUUGUCUGAUGAGUGUGUACAGAUUAUUAAAAUAGUAUGAAAAAAUUAUUUUGCUUGAAUAACUACUUCCUAAAGGUAAAGGACCCCUGACCAUUAGGUCCAGUCAUGACCGACUCUGGGGUUGUGGCGCUCAUCUUGCUUUAUUGGCCGAGGGAGCCGGCGUACAGCUUCCGGGUCUUGUGGCCAGCAUGACUAAGCCGCUUCUGGCGAACCAGAGCAGCACACGGAAAUGCCAUUUACCUUCCUGCCGGAGGUACCUAUUUAUCUACUUGCACUUGAUGUGCUUUCGAACUGCUAGGUUGGCAGGAGCAGGGACCGAACAACUGGAGCUCACCCCAUCGCAGGGAUUGGAACCGCCAACCUUCUGAUCAGCAAGUCCUAGGCUCUGUGGUUUAACCCACAGUGCCUGGCAAUAGUAAAAGUAACAAAUUUGAGAGUUUCAAUUUGUUUCUCAAAACACUCGUGAUGUUGUUCACCAGCCUUCUUUUGCAGCAACUUGCAAGGCUUGCACUUGAUGUGCUUUCGAACUGCUAGGUUGGCAGGAGCAGGGACCGGGCAACGGGGGCUCACCCCGUUGCGGGGAUUUGAACCGCCGACUUUCUGAUCGGCAAGUCCUAGGCCACAGUGCCACCCGCGUCCCAAACUACUUCCUACAUUGUGAUUAACAUGUAUUCAUCUAGAGAAGUAUCAUGUGUUCUGUUGCCGAACUGCUAGUAUAUCUUCUAAACUGGUGUUUACAGGACUCAGGCUGUGGUAAAAAAAUUAAAUUAAAUUCAGGGAACACUGAGAUACUUAUGAAUCAAACUCAGACUGACAGCAGCAAAAUGUUCCACCUACAUGUAUAAAAAAAAACCCUAAAGAAGAAAUAGGGAAAGUGGCUUUCCUUACCACUUUGCAGGUGUCUUUUUUCUCUCCUUAGGCUGGGUUCUCACUUUGUACUGCUGGCCUGGCAGUCGCUGAAGUGCCAUUCCUUCCUACCUCAACAGGGCAAUAUGAGAAGCUCUAGGGCCAUACAUAGGCUUCUCCUUCAAUUAGCAUUAGUCCAGUUUCCUAAAAGGCAAUGCCAGCCUGGGGUUGAGCUGUAGUAUGGAUUUUCCCCACAUGGUCCAAAGCUUCAAAUAUUAUUCCAAUGGUAUGGGAAGGAUCAUGGCUUAGUGCUGUAGCAAAUGUUUUGCAUGCAGAAAGGUGCAGGUUUAAUUUUCAGCAUCUCCAGGUAGGUCUGCGAGAGAACCCUGCCUGAAACAGUGGAGAGUUGCUGUCAGUCAGUGCAGACAAGAGUGAGUUAGAUUGACCGGUGAUCUGAUUUGGUACAGUAUACGGAAACUUCCUUUAGUGUAUAUCAUUAGCAGGUGCUAAUUAUCCUCUUUGUCUUGACAAAGACUAUAGUUUUGUUUUUGUUUGGUGAAAUAGGUGGGCAGUGGUAGUGGGAAAAGAACGUUCACUGUGCUACAUCUCCUUCCAGUUUUGACAUAAGGCAACUUUCUCAACCUGUUUUCUAAUACCUUAUCUUCUCCUCAGUCUUUUUUGUUCUCAGUGCAGUUUUUAAGAAGGUUGCAUUAGAGCAUUCAGAUCUUUAGUCACUAUGGCUGCUUACAUACUAAACCUUUAAAGCACAUCUGAAGCACAUUCUGUUCCUCAAAAAAUUCUGGGCACUGCACAGAGGCAUAGCACGGGGGCAGGGCGCACUUACUGUGCCCAAGCCUCGCUUCUCUCCUGAGAGUGACACGGUGGCUCCGGCACCUGCAGGCUCCGCAUUGCCCGAAAUGGCAGCAUGGGGCUUACAUCCCAAGUAGCUAGCUGUGCCACUGGCACUGUAGUUUACUCCUCACAGAGUUACAAUUCUCAACAACCCUUUAAAACAACAGUGAUCAGAAUUCCUUGAGGGAAACAACAUGCUUCAGAUGUCAUAUUGUGUACACAGCCUAAGUUAUUCAGACUGAGACCUUAUGCAGUUAUUUUAGGGUAGGUCCCACAGAAAUUGGCAAAGCCUUUCUUUCUGCACAGAAUUGGGCUGCAUGGUAGCACUUGCUUAGUAUAUCCCACUGAGUCCUAUAAUAAUUGCUAACUGCUACUACUACUAUUUCUUCUUAAAAUUUAAUGUAGUGCAUUCACUUUGCAGCAAACAUGGUGAACUCUUUUGCCAUCCCUCCCAUAGCAGUCUGAGAAAAGUCACUAUUGUUUCCACUAUGCUGAUGGGGAAACUGAGGCUCAGACUGAGUAUUACACACAAUUCCAUGAUAUAUUUUUGUGUUAGCUUCCAUACUGACUUUUAAGGGUAGCCCCAUGUUAAGCACAUUGCAGUCGUCCAAAUGGAAAGUCACUAGACUAGAGCAUGGAUUAUUGAGGGCAGGUUAUCAGGGUCAAAAACAAAACAAAAACAAGGGCAACCAGUGAGCAGCCGGAAAUGGGGGUUAAGCACCCCUAGCUGAGGAGUCUUCUUGGGCCAGCUGCGACAGAGCAAAUCCAGUCGCACUCCUAGACUUACUAACUUGUUCCUUCAGGGGGAGUGCAGCCCCUUCCAUGUAAAAGUGUGGAUGCAACAGCACGUGUUUGCAAACACGUGUCUCACACUCCAGGGGGCCAAGGUGAGCGGCAGCUCCCCCACGACCGCACUGGCGUGGGAAGCGCCUCGCCUUGCGGGGGAAUCUCAACUACCGCGUUGUCUGGUCAGGAACCAGAGCGGACGACCUCUUUCGGGGUUGAGGCAGCAGGGCGGGAGGGCGCUUGCAGCUGAGCGCCUCUUGUCUUCGCCACCCACGAGCCCCUUUUCUCCUCUCUUCCCCCUCAGCCCUGCCGGCCCCCUGCCCUCCCCCCACAGCAACGUUUCCCGCCUUCUUCUUCCCCUCUGCUGCCCAGUCCACGUGCCCUUCGGCGCUGCUGUGCCCCUUCCUUCCCGCUCCCGACUGGAGUAUCUGCUCGCCCCCCGCCCCGCUGCUUUCGGGGACGCUUCUCCGCCCUCCUCAGACGCUCAGCGUCUCUGCUCGGCGGUGCCUUCUUCCUCCCCGCAGCCGCGUUGCUCUUUCAUCCCUCGAGUUUAAUUGCGCGCGCUUUCCCCCCUCCCUCGGCGGGCGGGGGCUCGUCCGGGGCCAGCGCUCCAUGUGGGCGCUUGGGCGGCUGAUGGCCCUGCCCUCGCCUCUGUCAUUUCUACGUCAGACUCGGAGCCGCCUGAGAGCGCUCCCGCUCUUUCUGGCUCACACUCGGGACGGAGACGCGCAAGGUGGCAGCCGCCUGCUCCCGCCUCCUCGGCUCCUGCCCGCCAAAGGCAAAGAAGGGACGCGGCUCCAGCCACGCCACGGGGCAGACGGCGGCGAGCAGCGGCAGAAGCAGCAUCCAUGAGAAGCAUCUCUCAGCCUUGAAGCAGAGUAAGAGCGGGUGCUGCGGGGGGGUGUUUGUGUGUGUGUGUGGCGGGAGAAUCGCAGGACAAAGAGAGAGCGCAGCGCGUAGCUAAAGCCAAACCAGCGGGAUCUUAAUAGGCUGCGAUGGCGAGAUGCGGUUGAGCCAGUCGCCUGCUUUCGCGAACGAGGCUCUCCUGCCUUGGGAUCCGCUCCCAAAGAGGGAGGGAAAACUUUAGUUUCAGCACCAAGGAGAGCGCCCGUCGGCUUUUGCAAACGCGGCUCUCUGAACGCACCAGCUAUUGACCAGGCUCUAUGGGUUUGUGUUGCUUCUUUCCCGCCUAUGGAUGCUGAUCCCCACUUCCUUGUGCCUUAGACUAGACAUGUUUCCUUCACUUUCGUGUUAGAUUUCUGCCUUCUAUUAUUUUGUCCUUUUAACUUAGCUAUUAUUCUGUGUUUCCUUCUCUCUUGUUUUUUUGUUUUAGCAAAGGCAUUAUUUUAACACCCCUUUUCUUCCUUCCUUUCCUCCUCCUUCUUCUCCUUGCAGGUGGCAUACCUAGCUGUGGCAGAGAUGAAUGAAAGCAUUGCCUUGAAUGAAACCAGGAGCCCUGUGCCCUGGAUCCAAGCCAGCAACCAGAAUUCUUCUCUGGAGCUCUCCUCCAAGCUCCCCAUCUUUACCAUCAACCCUUGGGAUAUUAUGCUCUGCAUUUCUGGGACCAUCAUUGCCUGUGAAAAUGCGAUCGUUGUGGCCAUUAUAUUCUACACUCCCAACCUAAGAACCCCAAUGUUUGUGCUGAUUGGGAGCUUGGCCACAGCAGACCUACUGGCUGGAGUUGGCCUGAUCCUCAAUUUUGUUUUCCAGUAUGUGAUCCAGUCAGAAACCAUCAGCCUUAUUACAGUUGGCUUCCUAGUUGCCUCUUUUACUGCCUCUGUGAGUAGCUUAUUAGCCAUCACAGUUGAUCGCUACCUUUCCCUGUACAAUGCACUGACUUACUACUCUGAGAAGACUGCUCUCUGUAUUCAUAUGAUGCUGAUCAUCACAUGGGGGGUUUCCCUCUGCUUAGGACUUCUACCUGUCUUGGGCUGGAAUUGCCUAGAAGAUUAUUCAUCGUGCAGUAUUGUGAGACCCUUGACCAAAAGUAAUGUGACCUUGCUGUCUGCCUCCUUCUUUGUCAUCUUUAUUCUCAUGCUGCACCUGUACAUUAAAAUCUGCAAAAUAGUUUGCAGGCAUGCACACCAGAUAGCACUCCAGCAACAUUUUCUGACUGCAUCUCACUAUGUUGCAACCAAAAAGGGAGUCUCAACACUUGCUAUAAUCCUUGGGACUUUUGGAGCCAGUUGGUUACCUUUUGCUAUCUACUGCGUAGUUGGAGAUUCCCGCUACCCUGCUGUGUACACUUAUGCCACACUUCUACCUGCUACCUACAAUUCCAUGAUCAAUCCUAUCAUUUAUGCCUACAGAAACCAAGAAAUUCAGAGGUCUAUGUGGGUUCUGUUUUGUGGCUGCUUUCAAUCAAAAGUGUCCUUUCGUUCAAGAUCCCCCAGUGAUGUCUAAGUGACUUCUCCUUCUGUGUCGUUUUGCACAAAGUGACAAUCUUUGACUUUUGUGAAUUACAGUGCCUGGUAUGAACCAGAUACAUGUUGUGAAAUUGUUUUUUGGGGGGAGAUGUUUAAACAGUAGCACUUUAUGUGUGUGUAUUCUUGAGAAUGUGAAAAGUCUGAAGCUUUUGGUUGUGUGGGGGGGGAGGGACCACAGUGUGGUUGUAUACAAGAUUGUGCAUCACAUUUGUAAAGUGGAGGCAUUCCAAGACUACGUAAUUAUAGCACUUUAUUUUUAGCUGCUGAACUGCCAAAACAGUAUUGCCAUUUUUAAAGGGCAAAAAGAAAGAGAGAGAAAGAAGAAGU